CGUGGCCUCACAUUCAUCCGCAACAUUUAUUGAAUCAUCAAGAGAACAAUGUGAGCUUAUGAUCAUGAAGGCUCCUGGACACAGAGGCAUCUGGACAGUGACAGUAACAUUUCUAGCAAUUGGUACCUGGGUAGAGAGAAUAGGACCGUGUCCAGCUGACGGUGAAUCAUUUUCGUUAUCAUCCGCCAGGGAACGUCUUCAAACAGUACGACAAGUUUUAACGGAAGUUCCACUGAUUGACGGCCACAAUGACCUGCCCUGGAACAUCCGAAACUUCGUUCACAAUCAGCUUAACGAGUUUGACUUUGACAAAGAUCUCCGACAAGUUACACCAUGGAGUAAAAGCGCUUGGAGUCAAACAGACCUAUUUAGACUUCGUCAGGGGAUGGUUGGCGGUCAGUUCUGGGCUGCCUACGUCCCUUGUGAAUCUCAAUAUCUCAACGCCGUUCAGCUGACUCUUGAACAAGUGGACCUUAUUAAAAGACUCAUUGACAAGUACUCCCAUCAGAUGCAGUUCGCUGAGUCCUCUAGAGAAAUACUGGAAGCACAUACUAAAGGACGGAUAGCAUCACUGAUUGGUGUAGAGGGUGGCCACAGUCUGGGAAGUAGUCUGGCUGUACUGAGAACUCUCUAUCAGCUUGGUGUACGUUACCUUACACUGACCCACACAUGCAACACACCAUGGGCAAAAAGUUCGUCGGUGGAACAAGAAGAUGACGGUGAUGGUGGCGGUCUUACAAGCUUUGGAAAAGCCGUCGUUCGUGAAAUGAACAGGCUUGGUAUGUUGAUCGAUCUUAGCCAUACUGCAAGAGCUACUAUGAGGGAUGCUCUGAGAGUUAGUAAAGCACCUCUUAUAUUUUCUCACUCUUCUGCGUUUGCAAUAUGCAAUUCUACUAGAAAUGUGCCAGAUGACAUACUCAAACAACUGGCUGCCAAUGGUGGAUUAGUAAUGGUCACUUUCUACAACUACUUUGUCAAGUGUGGCCCAGAUGCAAGUGUUUCUGACGUUGCUGAACACAUUUAUCACAUUCGCAAUCUCAUAGGAGUUGAUUAUAUUGGUGUUGGGGGAGAUUUUGAUGGAAUUAACAAAACACCCAGAGGAUUAGAAGACGUUUCGAGAUAUCCAGAACUCUUUGCUGAAUUGUUGAGGAGUGGAAAAUGGGACGUUUUAGAUCUGAAAAAAGUUGCAGGACUGAACUUACUCAGGGUUCUUAGACAGGUAGAAAAAGUUCGCGAUGAAAUGAGAACAGCCGGCGUCAAGCCAUCUGAAGAAUUCCUUGAAUCACCCGACACUACUGGCAAUUGCGCAUUAGACAUCAGCGCAGUGCAAAGAGUUACGGAAAUUUGACCACUUACCAACUGUCGUGUCAUCUUUUUCCCUAAUUCACACAUACACACAAAUGUGUUGAAUACUUUUCAUACAUACACAUUCCUCAACACUUGAUGGAUCUUUAUGGUAAACAACAAAUGAACAAAAUCGUGUUAAGUGUACGAUUUAUACGUUAGUUACUUCUCUUUUCUGACUGAAACUUUUAUUAUAAAAAAUAAAAUAAAAAAACACAAGCACGUACCUGUUGUCGGAAAAGAAGAAUGGAUCAUUUAUCACGUGGUUCAUUUUUCAAAAAAUUAGAAAAAAAAAUAACAUAAGUGUAAGGUAUUUCGAGAAUUAAUGGCUCAAAAAAUAUCUUAAAAAGUAAUAAAAUAAGCCAUAAAUGAUAUUUUAAUUUAACUUUAUAGUUUUAAUAUAAACUGUAUCUUAUUUUGAAUCAUCUUUAUGCAAUAGAAAAUUUGUUUAUACUAUUAUACUCUGAUGCAAGUAUUAUGGAAAUUUUUUUACUUUUUAAACUAUUUUUUUAAAUGUCCGAAAUGCCUUAAAUCCCAAUCACCAAAGUCUUAUCCAUGUCACUCAAGGGACUGAUGAAAAUUCGUGUGUAUAAAAAAUGAACUUGAAAAAAAAGAAAAAAAAAUCAUGAGAACAAAUAAGACUAUAAAAAGCUCUUUAUCGUAAAUCUCACGAAUUUUCUUCCACUUAAACCUUGACAAUCUACCUGUCUGUGUUUCGUGUGCACUUAUUUCAGAGUCUAUACAUCGGGAAAUCCCAAUGAAUUAUAAGAGCAAAACUCUUACCUGUGAGGGGUGAUCCCACGCAGACUGUACCUUAUCUCUUAUUUAUAGGGAUGGGGUAAAAGUAUACAGAAUCAAAAAACCGUUGUAUCUCAAUAACGGAUUCUAUAAAUAAAUGUUUCUAUUAUAAAAA